GUCAGAGGGCCAAUAUUUUCAAGUGCAUUCAGCCCGACCGACCAGGAUCUGUCAGACAAGUAGACUAUCAGCAGCAGUAAAAGGAAAAUAAGACCCGAUACAAACCCAUUAUCACGACCGAAACAGUGACCCAGUGAGCAACCCCCGCGGGGUCAUCCUCGUGACCGCGAGGCCGAAGUGGUGGCGCCGAGAAAAAGAAAGGGUGACGAAACUCGGGCCUGGUACCUGCUAAAAAUGGAACAAGUAGCGAAACCAGCUCUAGCGAAAAGUGAAAAUUAGUGGGGAGAUUUCGGGUUGGGAUCGUCGUAUUGUUGUUGCGAAAAAAGAAGUGGCACGGUGUGAAGAAGAGUAGGUGUGUAGGGGCAGGUCAAAGGAAUGUCGUGGUCUCGGUGGAGAUGCCAAACGUAGAAUCAUCUGGUGAUAAGGCAAACAAGUGCUGCUCUUGUUGCGUGAAGGAACUGAGCGUGAAGCGAUGAGUGACAAUCGGUUUACGAGCUACCUGCAGGACGCGGUGGAACACGGAUCGAUUGAGCAAAUGCGUCAAUUCCAGCACCAGUGUAGAAUAUGUUUCGUUGGUCCUCCGGGUCUCCGGAGGUGCAGCAGGUGCCAGGUCGCUUACUACUGCAGCGAGGCUCAUCAAAGACUGGAUUGGAAGAAACACAGACUGGAGUGCCGUUCGAUUCACCAGCUGGCGUCGCAGCAACUACCUGCGGUGUACUCCAGUGAGCAGUCGCAAAGCCAGGGAUUUUAUCAACAGACACAAAUCGCACAGGUCGGUGCUGGAGGACAAGGCGGGGAAGCGACGACGUCAUACGGGGGAGCAGGACGGGUCGACUUUGGCGGUGCUUCUGCUUUAGCCCAGCCAGCUGCGAGUGGCGUACGUGCAGAAAUUUUGUCAACAAACGGAGUACACUCCACCAAUACCAGCGCGAUGAUGCAGAACCAGCAGCAACAGUCACCAGCGUCGACUUCGUCUGCGACGGUUCAGCCGUCGUCGUCUGCGAUCGUAGACGUAGAGGACGAGCUGCUGCUGAACGAGAGCGCAGUAUCGAAACUGUUCGCGGCCGAUUCACUCGCGGAGGUCCAGGAGCUGCUCGAGCUUGACCAGAUCGACGUGGAUCACAUCUUGAACGAGAACAACUUUCUGAACAACAUAAACAAUUUGAACUUUUUGGACAGUGUCGACAACAACAACCUGCUCGGGUUCGAUAGCGGAGUGUGCGACGGGGACGACGGAAGUGUGCUAGGUGGUAACAACAACGGAACGGCGGGAUCCGUGAUCGUGCUAGACGAGGACACAGACAUGCAGCUUACGCAAACGGCCAUGGCAGCGACGCUGCAGCAGCAACAGCUCAAGCUGAUCGGAACCGGCAGUAGUAACAAUAGUAACGGUGUGGGCAGUGUCGUUAGUACGGACGAAAGUGUUAGUGCGCUGUUGAACGCCAAGAUUGACAAUCUGUUGGGGUUGGGAGGGAUUGGGACGACGGCCGGUAGUGGGCCGGUUAGUCAGGACGCGGAGCUGGCAGAUUUGGAGCAGGAAAGUUUGGACGAGGCCUGCCGGAAUCUGAUCCGGGAUAUGAACGAGUACGGCGUGUGUGUACUGGAUAACUUUCUGGGCCAGGACCGGGGGGUUAAAGUGCUCCAAGAGGUGACCGGCAUGUACUCGUCCGGUGUAUUUCGGGAUGGUCAACUAGUGUCCAACCGGGGCCGCAAGAACCUGCGUCACAUCCGGGGAGACAAAAUCACCUGGAUCGAGGGAAAGGAGCCCGGAUGCAGCAACAUCGGCUACUUGAUUAAUCGGGUGGAUGCAGUUAUCACAAAUUGCAAGCGAAUGAAAAACAACGGCAAGCUGGGACAGUACAACAUCCGGGAACGAACGAGGGCCAUGGUUGCGUGCUAUCCGGGGUCCGGGUCGCACUACGUCAAGCACGUGGACAAUCCCAACCGGGACGGCCGCUGCAUCACCGCAAUCUACUAUCUAAAUCUCAACUGGGACGUGCAGCAGAGUGGCGGUCUCUUGCGAAUUUUCCCCGAGGGCUGCAACGACCGCGUCGCGGACAUCGAGCCCGCCUUUGACCGGAUUUUGUUCUUCUGGUCGGACCGGCGGAACCCACACGAGGUGCAACCCGCCCACCGGACGCGGUACGCCAUCACGCUGUGGUACCUGGACGCGGAAGAGCGCGAAUCGGCCCGGCUGCGCUACCAGCGGGACUGCGAAAGCAGGUUCAGUGCCUGAAGGAGGGGAAACACAUACACAGUAAAAAAAAAACCAACGUAAAUGUGAUAUUGCAUCUGAGAACAAUAGUGAGGGGAGGGCGGUUCGAUGCAAACCAAAAGCAACAACCUGUUACUAAAUUUGUAUAUUUUUUCUUCUAUUUUUCUCUCUGUUGUCCGACUUGUUGUAAAUAGAACAAGAACUAAUAAAACUUGAAAAGUUAGUCAAAUAUUAGUUUGUAAGCGCGAAACUGUUGCAAACAGUUUCCACAUCUACGCGAGCAUUGUAACGGUAAAAUAUUUAAAACUUUUUUGUUAUUUUCUCGCUACAUACUGAAUAUUAACAAAUAAAAGCAGUGCGAGCAAAACGAUCGUAAUAAAACAACCUAUCAAAGCCGAUAGUUAGCCAUAUAUACUCUUUUAACAUUUAAUUUUUCGGUCCCUAACAUUUUUAGAGUAAAACAAAAACUAAUUCGGAUUGUGCUCAGCGUUAGUUAUUAUAUCGUAAGAAAUUUAACAAAAAUAAAUAUAUUUAAUUGAAGUAAGUGAAGGAAUGCUGGAAAGUACCAGCAAAUAGCGGGUAGAGACGAGAGUUGCAGGGUUGAGUUUGGAAAGUUUCAAUAAAAAUGAAUACUUAUUGCAAAGUGA